AUGGCGCUAGUUCAGGGCUCAUACGAAAAUUUGCGUGAUUCUUGUUUUCAGAGUAACCAGCGCGUCAAAUCGGCUAAAGCCAUAGCUAAUUGUCACAGAGUGCUGCACAUGGCUUCCAAGCUUCAGCUCCUGCCCUUCUGUGCCAUUGCAGUUGUUGUCGCUUCGCUCUUUCACCCCUGUGCAUCCACUGAGUUUCACCGUGAGCUCUCCAGCUGGUCCGGUGGCAUCGCGACAUGGUAUGGUGAUGCUAAUGGUGCGGGAAGUGAAGGUGGUGCAUGUGGGUACCAGUAUGCUGUUGACCAGCCACCGUUCUCAUCCAUGAUUGCUGCAGGCAGCCCCUUCAUCUACGACUCUGGCGAUGGCUGCGGUUCGUGCUACCGGGUGGUGUGUGGUGGCAAUGAAGCUUGCUCUGGUAUUCCGGUGACUGUCGUCAUCACAGACCAGGGGCCCGGUGGCCCUUGCCUUAGCGAGCUAGUGGAUGGCCAGUGCCAGAAUGAGGCAGCCCACUUCGACAUGAGUGGGACGGCGUUCGGUGCCAUGGCGAAGCCUGGCCAGGCUGACCAACUCCGCGGCGCUGGCCUCCUCCAAAUCCAGUACACCCGUGUGCAGUGUGAGUGGACUGGAGUAGACUUGACCUUCAAAGUAGACGCUGGCUCAAACCCAAACUACUUGGCCGUGCUUGUCGAGUACGAGGACAGCGAGAGCGACCUCUCGGCCGUCGACCUCGCGCAGAGCGGGGGUUACGGGGCAACAUCGGCCUGGAUCCCAAUGCAGCAGUCCUGGGGCGCGGUGUGGAAGCUCAACUCCGGUUCCACCCUCCAUGGGCCGUUCUCCAUCCGCCUGACGUUCAGGUCAGGCAGGAUGCUCGUUGCCAGCAAUGCCAUACCUGCUGGGUGGAACCCCGGCGUGGCUUACCGGCCAGGCGGCGUCGUGGUGAGGGCAAGAGGUGGCCGCCGGGGCUACCGGUCUGAAGGAAGAUUGAGCGUGCUGUAUCGCCUUCUGCUGGUGUUUGUUGUAUUCCUCCAGUUGUGA